GUAGCGCUGAAGGUUACGAUUUUAUCCGAAGGUUCCCGGCAAGCGGCACGACAUGCCCAAAAGGGUCGAAAUGUCCGAGACGGAGGACGUGUUAUCACCCAAGAAACGAAAAAGAAUUCAGAGUAGCCCGUCUAGCGGCGGAAAGGCGGCCCCGCCGGUCUCUGCGAAGAUAACUGAUCCAUACGAGGCUGCUGUCGCAUUUGAGGAAAAGGAAUCAGCCUCCAGGACAUCUGAGGAAGACAUGAAGCUGUUCCACAGUACCUGUGAUGCCAUCAGGAAGAUAAUGUGUGACAUUGAGGAACUAAAAAAGGUUCCAGAUAAGAACCGGCCUCGGAUCGCCGAGCUGCGCGCGCUGGCCGGCCUGCACGUGCUCUCGCUGAAGAAGGUCAACCGGCUGGAGAAGGUGCGGCUGAAGGCGGCGCGCGAGAGCACACACGCGGCCAAGCAGCGCGUCGAUGCCUUCCACCUGACGCUGCAGAACCUGCUGUACGAGAUCGUGCACGUCAAGCGUGAGAUCAACCGCUGCCUCGAGUUCAGGUCGCAGGACGAGGACAUCACUCUGGUGUCGGAGGAGGAGUUCUACCGGCAGGCGCCCGAGACCAUCAGCCAGCUGGCGGUGACCCGCGACGACGCGCACAGGCGCCACCUGGCACGGCUGGACUGGGAGCUGGAGCAGAGGCGCGGCCUGGCCGCCGACUGCCGCCAGCUGGACGGCGACAAGAAGCGCAUCAGCCAGCGCAUCGGCGAACAGCGCCGCCGGCUGGCCGACCUGGCGCCCCAGCUGGCCACCAUACUCGAGAGCACGCGGCCGCUGCAACAGGAGCUGGCGCUACCGCUGGACCGACGCCGCCAGCAGCACCGCCUGGCCGCCCUCCUGCCGCGGCCGCUCUACCUGCUCUACGUCCAGGUGGCCGCGUACGGCGAGGCUUGCGAUGCGGCUGUGAGCGCCACGAUAUGUGGCAACGAGGAGGAGGCGUGCUCGCUGAAGCAGGCCGACCAGAGGGACGCGGUGGAUGAGUCGGACUCUGACCAGGAGGCUGAGGUGAGUCGCGGCAGAGUCGCAUCGACGUCGAGAUCGCCAGCUGCACGAGGUCGAGCGCUCGCUCGCUGCCAUGCAACGUGCAGCAUACGCGGCUGGGCAUUUGGACAUGGUCCGGCCGGGCGAUCUUGGCACAGUUUGACCUAACGAUCUGGGCACAGU